CCUGGAAUGAGCUCACUGACCUGGGUGCCGCGGCGCACAAGCCACACGGUGUGGCGACGCGACCACCAAUCAGAUGUGCAGCAUUGGUCAGAGGGUGAUGUGUCCGGGGGUCGCUACCCGGGCAAAACCGGAUACUGGUCCCGGAAGAACGCUUUCUCCGCUGCGCCUCGGUGUUUUGCUGACGGGACCAGCUCGCUUUUGGGGCAAGAGUGCCAGGUCAACGACUCAACCAACGGGGCGGCGCGGCGGGCCAGCGGGGACCUUUGCUGGUGUCCCUGCCACUAGCAUUUUUUUUCCUGUCUAUUAUCUCUCACUUCGAUCCUCUUGUCACCAACUUCCCGUUUGCCGAGCCUCGACUGGGAUUCCCAAAUCUGCCCAUCCAUAUCCGUGCUUUCUGGCCUCUUCCACCUCGGCGUCUUAGGUACGGAGACAGACAGAAUAGGGUCAUCGCGAUCGUCAAUUGAAGUGAGCAGGGGUUGUUUUUCGUAUGGGUCAGCUCCACUGUAACUUCUUUGGGCAGAGAAAUUCUUCUGGAGCUUCCAUUUUUCCAGCCCCGACCGAUCCUGCCGGCGCGCACCUGAUGAUCCCGUUGAUCCAUACCAGAGCCU